ACUCCCUGGGGUAACAACCCGAUCCAGUGCGUCAUGAAUCUCAUUUCUUUGCAUCACGACAUUUUUUUUUUGGCCGAUUCGGGGAGGAUCGAAAUGACACUUCAAUCUAACAUUACAAUGAUGUUGAGAUCGUUGUGUGUGUCUCGGGCGAAUGUUACUGUUGCCAACGGAAGGAGCAAGAGGCUGGGGCAUGGGCGGUAGAGUCUGUGUCGAGAUCGUAAGAGGCUUUUCGUUGUCGAUCGAGUUCUAUGCAGCUGUUUGUUUUAUAUAUAAAUGAAGUCUGCCUCUCGUCACUCAGGUUUUGUUGGUGUUUAGCACAAACCAUCUACCAACAAGCCAUCCAAACAACAUUCCUGUGAAAAACACAAAAAGUUCUAAGCAAUACCAGCACAUCCUUAAACCACAACCAUGUCUCCAAGCAACGACAGCGUCCCCUCCGGCAACGUCUCGGACAACUCGUACAUGAGCAAAGCCAGCGACCCGGUGCCCGUCGUCGGCGACGCCCAGGAGGUCGAGUCGUCCAUCAACCCAGGACAGGAGGAUUCCGAUGCUACUCUUGAGCGCGAUGACAAGGAUGCCAUCGACACGAGCAACAUCAUCGACGAGCCCAGGGCCAAGCCGGGCAAGGGUGCCCUGGCUGAGAAGGACUACAGCGACGAGGAGCUCGUCCAGGAGGGUGACCAGCCUUAAAAAAAUUAUUCAGUUCAUGCAUAUCUACUUAGUUGUUUGUCCGGUGGAGUUUAUAGCCUUGGUGUAAGCGACAAGGGAACGUUGUCGAUUUCGGUAUCCAAACUUGGGGUUUUUUUUUUGCAGCACUUUGACUUGGUCCACAUAGUAUUGAAUAUUACUGUACCUAUAUAAGGCUCUAACCGUCAGGAUAACAAAC